GGUAGUUGGCUCGAAUCGCAGGCGGCAGGAGGUCGAUCCAGUGCGCUUUUCAGUUCCAGUUUGUGUCCCGACCCGCUAGCAGCUGCCGUGCGGCACGUCCGCCGCAGUUGUUGAUAUACUCGAUUUUUUAUCAAUCGUCUCCUACCCCGAAUAGUGUGACGUCUCUCAUGUGCGAUAGCAUACACGCACGGCUGUGUCUUGUGUUGUGAAUUAGUUAUUGAAAUUAACUGUUAAAAGAAGUGAAGCAAGAUGGCGAUCUUCGGUAUGGCCUCAGCGGUGGCGGGCUUCGUCAAAGUCCGCUACCUGAUCGACAAGGCUGUGAUAGACAAUAUGGUCUUCCGCAUGCACUACAGAAUCACCGCAGCCAUCAUGUUCCUGUGCUGUAUACUGGUGACGGCCAAUAAUCUUAUCGGUGACCCUAUAUCCUGCAUCAACGACGGUGUGAUACCAAAUCACGUUAUUAAUACAUACUGCUGGAUCACAUACACCUUCACGCUACCGCACACCCCCGCCGGCAAGGGAAUCUCGCAUCCAGGACUUGGAAACGAUUACGGAGAGGAAAAGCGGCACCACUCCUACUACCAAUGGGUGCCUUUCAUGCUCUUUUUCCAGGGCGUACUGUUCUAUCUUCCACACUGGAUCUGGAAGAACUGGGAAGAGGGAAAAGUCCGUAUGAUCUCCGACGGAAUGCGAGGGACAUUGGCAACCAUUGACGACAGCAGAACCAACCGCCAGAGUCGCUUAGUUCAGUAUCUUAUGGAUACUUUACACAUGCACAACACUUACUCUUUUGGAUAUUUCUUCUGUGAGAUACUAAAUUUCAUCAACGCUGUUGGAAACAUUUUCUUCUUAGAUACAUUCCUCGGUGGAGCAUUUUUAACAUAUGGAACCGAUGUUGUCAAAUUUUCAAACAUGAAUCAAGAGGACAGGACUGACCCCAUGAUCGAAGUUUUCCCAAGACUGACAAAAUGUACAUUCCACAAGUUCGGAGCGUCUGGAACAAUUCAAACGCAUGACUCUCUUUGCGUACUCGCCUUGAACAUUCUCAAUGAGAAAAUAUUCAUUUUCCUUUGGUUCUGGCUAAUUAUUCUGGCUAUCGUCUCUGGCCUGGCAUUGGUUUACUCAGCCGCUGUGAUUCUCUUACCGAGCACACGUGAAACGAUUCUCAAGAGACGCUUCCGAUUUGGAACACCUAACGGUGUUGAGGCCCUCGUUCGGAAGACUCAGGUUGGCGACUUCCUCCUUCUACACCUCCUGGGUCAGAACAUGUCACUACGCGUAUUCGGGGAAGUGCUUGACGAGCUUGCGAGAAGACUGCAUUUCGGUUCAAACCCACCAUCUGCACCAUCUACUAUCGAGAUGGCACCCAUCUAUCCCGACAUUGACAAGUUCUCUAAGGAGACCGAGACGUAAGCGUCUAUAACUCACUCAUCACUCUAAGAUUCAAAUACAUUCCUUGGAACCCUAACGAUUCACUCUUAAUAACAUGAACACGUUUCCGAAGUACGAAUUUGAAUCUGGGACGAAUCUCUUUCGCAUUGGCUUCUCGCAAUACGCCCAGGUUUUACGCAGGUUAUACAGUUAUGAGCAGAUGUCUCUAUAAACCAACGAAAAAAUAGCAAUUCAUGACAUUCCUUUUAUUUAGACGUACAAUUAUUGCCGUACAAUUUUUCUGCACAUUAUAAUUUGUUAAAUGUGCUGUUUGUGUUUACGUCAGAGUAGUAAACUUCUUUGGUGACUAAGUAUAAAAGAUACGAAUUUGGUAUACAGUUAUUGGCCAAUUAGUUAAGGCAAUAGCCCCCUUAUUCAUGAACAACAAUCAUUUUACAGUGUUUAAACUAAGAUCAUGA